AUGGACCAAAAACCAUUCCCAACCAAUCGUGACAAGGGUCACUACGGUGUGUUUGAAUUGCUACACUUCGACAUAUGCGGGCCAACGGAACAAGUCUCGAUCGGCGGUAGUAGAUACUUGCUGCUUGUGGUCGACGAAGCCAGCGGGUGCUUGAAGAGCUUCUGUCUGCCUUCCAAGUCUGAGAGUGAAGACUGCAUCACGAACCACAUUAUCAAGAUUCAGACCCAGGUCGGCAAGAAGAUCGAGCUCGUUCAGCAUGAUGGAGCGCAUGAGUAUGCGACCAACUCGAUCAAAACCUUCUACGAAGAUCAAGGUAUUAAGCGGCAGGUCACGGUUCCGUAUGCACACCAGACCAUCGGGACCGCAGAACGCGCGAUAAGGACCAUCGUCACGAUCGGACGCAGCUUAUUGCAUCAUGCGAAGCUGGAGAAGUGUUUCUGGGCUAAAGCGGAAAUGACGGCGAUCUACAUCAAGAACCGCCUGCCGUCCCCCAAGAUUGACCACAAGACUCCGUUCUAG